ACAGCCCGAGAGGAGAGACCCACGAAACUUGACGCCGCGCCGCGGAGGGGAGAGAGAGAGGGAGAGCGUGAGAUUCGCACGGAUCGAACACGCACACACGCAAAACAACACGGGCAUAAAUGCGGUUUUGGAGCGCUGCGGGGUGUGCGUGAAGAAAGGGUAGAGAGAAAAGAAGAAAAACGACGAGGCGACGCGCGCAGGCCGCGGUGGUGGCGGGGGUGGCGGGGGUGGUGGUGGUGGGACUGGUGGGGGUGAGAAUAGAACAAAACAACCGCUCCCUGCUGCGCCCCCCUGCCACCGCAGCGGCAAGCGCUUUUUUGACCGCUUCCGGCUGCGCGUCCAUUUGCUCUUGUGAUCCACCACCGGUACUAGUAGUAGUACACUAGUACUGCCCUGCCGCUCGCACACCACUACACUACGCUCUGCUCUACGGCUCCCUUCUCCCCUCUUACAGCGUCGUGCGUGUCCCGCUCGGCUUCGCAUUGCGACGUUGUUUGCGGGGAGGGAGGAGGAAGGGGGGAGGCGGGGGGCGUUUGACGGUGGUGGUGCCUCCGCGUGCGCGGGAUGGCUGGAGGCGGGGGAGGGGGCGGGGCCGCGCCGGCGCCGAAGCACGACGAGCUGACGCCGCACCCCGUCAAGGACCAGCUCCCCGGCGUCUCCUACUGCAUCACCAGCCCUCCUCCGUGGCCUGAGGCCAUUCUUCUUGGGUUCCAACAUUAUCUGGUGAUGCUGGGAACUACAGUUAUCAUACCAACUGCACUAGUUCCGCAGAUGGGAGGAAACAAUGAGGACAAGGCUGUUGUUAUCCAAACGUUGCUGUUUGUGGCUGGGAUUAACACCCUCUUGCAGAGUUUCUUUGGAACCAGAUUACCCGCGGUGAUUGGAGGAUCAUACACUUUUGUUGUACCAACCAUCUCGAUCAUCCUUGCUGGUCGUUAUGCCAAUGAACCAAAUCCACACACAAAAUUCCUCCGAAUCAUGCGCGGAACACAAGGAGCUUUGAUUGUGGCUUCUGCUCUACAGAUCAUAUUUGGUUUCAGUGGCCUUUGGCGUAAUGUUGCAAGGUAUCUGAGUCCAUUGUCAGCUGCUCCACUGGUGAUGCUAGUUGGCUUUGGACUUUAUGAGCUUGGCUUUCCCUCGGUUGCUAAGUGUGUUGAGAUUGGACUUCCAGAGCUUAUCCUCCUAGUGAUCUUUGCAAUGUACCUGCCACAUGCCAUACACAUGAUGAAGUCCAUCUUCGACCGUUUUGCUGUUCUGUUCACUAUUCCCAUAGUGUGGCUCUAUGCAUAUCUGCUCACAGUUGGAGGCGCAUACAGGAAUGCACCACCAAAGACCCAAUUUCAUUGUCGAACUGACCGCUCUGGAAUAAUUGGCGGUGCUCCCUGGAUAAGAGUUCCCUAUCCCUUUCAAUGGGGUGCUCCAACUUUUGAUGCUGGUGAAGCUUUUGCAAUGAUGGCUGCUUCUUUUGUUGCUCUGGUGGAGUCUACUGGUGCCUUCAUUGCUGUUUCAAGGUAUGCUAGUGCCACCCCUCUCCCACCCUCUGUACUUAGCCGUGGAAUUGGUUGGCAGGGCAUUGGCAUUCUGUUGGAUGGGCUGUUUGGGACUGGGAAUGGUUCCUCCGUAUCAGUUGAAAAUGCCGGAUUGUUAGCCUUGACACGAGUUGGUAGCCGAAGGGUGGUGCAGAUAUCAGCUGGUUUCAUGAUAUUCUUCUCUAUUCUGGGAAAAUUUGGAGCUGUCUUUGCAUCAAUACCUCCACCGAUCUUUGCAGCCCUCUAUUGUAUCUUCUUUGCAUAUGUUGGUUCUGCUGGGCUUGGUUUCCUUCAGUUCUGCAACCUCAAUAGUUUCAGGACCAAGUUCAUUCUUGGGUUCUCAGUUUUUAUGGGCCUUUCUGUUCCUCAGUACUUCAACGAGUACACAUCUGUCGCUGGGUAUGGUCCUGUUCACACACAUGCAAGAUGGUUCAAUGACAUCGUGAAUGUAAUAUUCUCGUCAAAGGCAUUUGUUGCUGGCUUUGUUGCAUAUUUGCUGGACAACACGAUUCACAGGCAUGAUGGAUCUGUCAGAAAAGAUCGAGGAUACCAUUGGUGGGAUAAAUUCCGAUCAUACAGGACUGACACAAGAAGCGAGGAGUUCUAUUCCCUGCCGUUCAACCUGAACAAGUUCUUCCCAUCAGUAUGAGCACUGUGCUAAUUCAGUAGUAGGUUACUGUCUAUCUGUCCUUUGUGAACAAGUUCUCUGGAGGUGGUAAGCUAUUGGCCUGAAUUCUCUAGGUAUGUGGAAAUCAUAUACCCUUAAACAAAGGGGAAUCCUGUGGUAUAAACCAAAAAAAAAUGGUGGCCCCCUGAAAUCAUCUCACGGAUGUAUAUUUUAACCUAUCUGGGGACAAUAGUAGGAAAUUUUGGCUACUCAUUUGCACAUGAAAAUGGCUCUUGAUUCUUACAUCCUGUGGUCAAUCACAUCCACAAAGGAGGUGAAUGGAUUGACAAGGCCAUUUUGGUACUAUCAUUGUAGGGUCAUACCAACGAAGCUAUAAUCUGUAUGUAGGUUUUAGAAGACAAUGAAAUGGGAGUAUCUUUUUGUC